AUGGGAAUGGCACAAAAGAGUUCUGACAUGGAGGAGGGAACUGUGGAGGUCGGCAUGGGGUCCAAAAUACCAGGAGAUUGUCAAUAUUCGCCUGGCAGAUGGAACUACAUGACGUGGACAGUCCUAGAAGUUGAUGGGGAGAAGGCUGUUGUGCAGGUUUUUGAAGGAACAUCAGGGAUUGACAACAAAUUCACAACUGUGCAAUUUACGGGAGAGGUUUUGAAAACUCCGGUCUCAUUGGAUAUGCUUGGGCACAUUUUUAAUGGUUCUGGAAAACCUAUUGACAAUGGACCUCCAAUUCUACCUGAGGCUUACCUGGAUAUUUCUGAUGAGUCACCUCACUCAUGCUUGUCUGUUCUAGGGAGCUCCAUUAACCCAAGUGAGAGAACCUAUCCCGAAGAAAUGAUACAGACUGGGAUUUCUACAAUUGAUGUUACGAAUUCCAUAGCCCGUGGACAAAAAAUCCCUCUUUUCUCUGCUGCUGGUCUCCCUCAUAAUGAAAUAGCCGCUCAGAUCUGUCGUCAGGCUGGUCUUGUGAAAAGAUUGGAAAAGUCUGACAAUCUUACUGAGGACAAGGAAGAGGACAACUUUGCCAUUGUGUUUGCAGCCAUGGGUGUAAACAUGGAGACCGCCCAAUUUUUCAAGCGUGAUUUUGAGGAAAAUGAAUCAAUGGAGAGAGCGACCCUUUUCCUAAACCUGGUAUCUGCUGCCCGCGAGGAAGUGCCUGGGAGGCGGGGGUAUCCUGGGUAUAUGUAUACUGAUUUAGCAACAAUUUACGAGCAUGCUGGACGUAUUGAAGGAAGAAAAGGGUCUAUCACUCAAAUUCCUAUUUUGACCAUGCCCAAUGAUGAUAUCACACAUCCAAUUCCAGAUCUUAUGGGUUAUAUUACUGAGGGACAUAUUUACAUUGAUGGGCAGCUCCAUAAUCGGCAGAUAUAUCCACCUAUUAAUGUGCUCCCAUCACUUUCUCGAUUAAUGAAGGUAAGGCUCUCCUCUUGCAAAGAAUGUUCACUAGUUGCUAGAAAUGACAUUAAAUUCUGGGAGAUUAUAACCAUCAAGCUAUCACUCUGUUGGUCGGAAUGUUGCGGAUUUGUGAAUGUAAAUUGUUGGUUUUGUCCCUUUCUUUUGAGCUUUAAUCUUUUUGGUAAGGCACUAACCAACUGUUAUUCGGCUUCACAGUAUAAUUUUUUUUGCAGAGUGCUAUUGGUAAAGGAAUGACUCGUCGAGACCACGCUGAUGUCUCCAACCAGUUGUACGCAAAUUAUGCUAUUGGAAAGGAUGUACAGGCAAUGAAAGCUGUGGUUGGAGAAGAAGCACUUUCUUCUGAGGAUCUGGUCUCUCUCUCUCUCUCUCUCCCCUUGUCAGGAAAGUCGCUUGAUCUGGCAUGGACAUUGCUCCGUAUAUUUCCUCGCGAGCUUAAUGGAUGAGUACUACAAUCGUGACACAACAAACUGAGAUGGGAAUACAAAGCUCAUAUACUCUUGCCAUACGAAUAGCCUAAUCGUUGCUUUGCCUACAUUUUUCGCCCCAGCUGCAUGAUUCCAGAACCAGAGUUAAAAAGAGUUGUCUCUCUUCCUAGGUGUGACAUUGUGGCUCUUUGUUUCAUUUUAUGGUAAUGAAAAUCCUCUGAUAUGAGUGGCCAUUCAGCCUUUUUGUAAUGUAAUUAAGCUUGUUUGUUAGUUGUUUCAUUCAUAUCAUUCUGUCAAUGGCAAAGCCUGGAAUUCAAAGCUUUUGUAGUGAAAAUUUAUCUAGCACUUGUCACCUUAUCGUAGGUGAGAGCCUGAUGCACCGGGUAA